UCGGCGGUUUUGCAGACGCAAUCAGCCAAUAUGGCGGCGCACAGGGUAGCAUGUUUAGGGUUAAAUGCCCUUUAUUCAACUGUCUGUGCCCCAAAGCAGGCCCUGAGGAGCUGCUGGGGGGCGGUGGAGCAGGUGAGGGGUUACUAUGUUGACUGGAAAAUGCUGAGGGACCUCAAGAGAAGACAGAUGGCCUUUGAGUAUGCUGAUGAGAGGCUACGGAUCAAUGCACUGAGGAAGAACACCAUCCUGCCCAAAGAUAUUCAGGAAGUGGCAGACAAAGAAAUUGCAGCAUUACCUAAGGACAGCUGCCCUGUGAGAAUACGCAACAGGUGUGUGAUGACUUCCAGACCUCGGGGAGUGAAGCGAAGGUGGAGACUGAGUCGGAUUGUCUUCCGUCAGUUAGCUGACCACAACCAGAUGUCUGGAAUUAUGAGGGCAAGGUGGUGACCGGGAAUCCAUUGGACACUACAGUCGGAUUGGAUCUUAAAAAGUCAGAAGAUCAGGACAUUCGCCUUCAAUACAGACUUAUUUUGACCUUCUAGCAUUUGGAGGAACUGAACAGUUCCACCUCUACAAAAGCCUGGAAGGUGUUAAUGUUUAAAGUGAAUCCACCAUUUUUGUAAAUGGUAAGGAGUACAUGAAUAUAUCCCUUCUGUAGAUGAUGUUUGUCUCGGUCAGGGUAAUUGCUUUUCUUUUCUCACAAAAAAACAACAAAAUGCAUAAUAUUUAAAGAGAAGAUGGUAAUGUGACUCCUCAGUGGAGAAAAUGUACAUGUAACUUGCUGUACUCAGAUAUGGAUGAAUAAAUAUUGUU